AUGAAAGUGAGUCUUUUCCCUUUUCCCAUUCCUUUCGCUCAAUUUCCUUUCAGCCGCAGUUCCAGUCGGAUGCCCACUACUUUUUCCUUCAACUUUUCCGUUUGUUCGGCUGGACCGCUCUCUCCGUGUUCAUUCUGAAUGUGUGCGGGAAGAAGGGAAAGGCGAACAGCAAGGAAGCGAGCAAAGAGGCGACGAAUGCCCCUCCGAAGGGACCUCCGCAGUCCGUGCAGCUCCCGGCGCCACCGGUUCCACCGGCUCCGCCUGCUUCGUCCGCUGUUGCUCCUGAAGUGUCGAAGGUAGCCGAAGCUCCGCCGAAAGAGAAAUCGAAGAAGGAGGAGGUGAAGUCGAAAAAGGAGAAGUCGAAGAAAGACGAGAAGAAGGAAGGACAGAAAGAGGAGAAGAAAGAGGAAAAGAAGGUGAGAGAGAGAGAGAGAGAAGCCACUGGCAAGGGAACGGUUUCAGGAUGAUGAUGGCUACGAGAACUGCGCAGACAUGACUCCGGAGCAGCUGAAGAAGAUUGCCGAGGAGUCGGAAGGAAAGAAGGGCGACGAGGAGAAGAAGGAGGAGAAGAAGGAGGAGAAGAAGGAGUAG